CGAUCGAGCAAUUCAAAUAUGUCAUCAUGUAACAUAACGUCUACAUGCCACAUUGUCAGUUAACAUGAACACUUCUAUCAAAAUUAUCGGAUUUUUGACAUAUAUAGCAUUCACCCCCACCUCAUCCUUCUUCUUCUUCCCCUAAAAUUAUCGAUCCAAAGAAUGAACCUUUCUACAAGAAUAAAAAAGAAGAGUAAAUUCUACAAUAGCAUGUAAUUGAUUAAGAUAUGCUACUUACUGAAAGUUUAAUUUUGGAAGUGGCUAUCAAUUUUUUGUCGAUGAAUGAAGUCACAACAAGACUCGAAUUAUUCAUUCAUUUGGGUUUUGUUCAAGAACGUAGCUUUCUGUUCAAUUCACCAUUCAUUGAUCAAUGCCCCUUCUGGGUCUUCCUUUUUUCAUCACCAUCAGCUUUAAAUUUGCAGGAGCUGAAGGAUUUUAAGAAGAGGAAAGAAUUAAACCUCACUUCUUAGAAAAAUUAAAAGCGAGCAUCACUGAACUCAAGAAGCAUCCAGAUGAAUGUUACGAAGUUCUAUCAGUCAACCUGAGUUGGAAACCAGUGAAAAUCAUAGAGAAGAAUCGUCUAGAAACUUCAACAGUGAUGCCAGUGAGCCUUGAAAAUGAGGCCUUGAAGAACAAAAAAAAGGAAAGUUUUAAGCUCUAAUUUUCAGAAUCAUAGAGAUGUUGCCUUUUAUUUGACUUGCACUUGUUGUUCUUUGGAUCUUCUGGCACCAUUAAGAAUUUUGGAGAAUAUUAAAGCAAUUGCAGAGUUCUAUUGGCUUGUAGACCUUAUAAGUUUUUUACAGUUGAGCAUAGCCAUAGGCUAAUGAAUAUAUGUAACCAGAUAUUUAGGUUUCAUCUUGCUUGCUCCUAGUUGAGUUUAAGAGUCAAGAUUCCAUUACUCUCUUUUACCAUGUAAAAUAUACAAGCAGUGAUGAUAAAAUUCUGGAAUUUCAAUUGUUAAAUUUCUUGUUUUUGAUGUUAUUUCUACUUCAGUAUGUGUAAAAGAAAGGAAGAGUCUUGGCACUGCAACUUUGCAAGGUUAUUACAUUUUGUUUAUGUGUAUGUGUUGCAUUUGCAAAGGAUUAGGUUCUAGUGUUUAUACAAACAUAUAGCUCUACAUGAUUAUAAACCUUAGAGACAUAGAGCUUUAAUUUUCAUGUUGUUCCUGGCUGCACACUUUACUAGAGGAUUGUUAAUUAAAGUACUUAAUCAUAAUAUUGGUGUGGGCUUUAAGUGAACAAAAUCAUCCAAUCUUUAAGUUUCAGCUAUUUGGUGAGGGUUGAAAUAUGGCUUAAAGUAAGUGUUUCAGAUUCUACAAAGGUAACUAUUUGUUGCCGCACGGUCUUAUCACACAAUUGGUUUCAACUUCAACAUGCAUGACAUAUUUUUCACUCAGCAUCGUGCCUCUACAUAUGAAUCGUUAAAAGGGUUUUGGGCCAACUAUGGUGGUAUCGCUGCCAACAAUUUGGAUGAAGAAUUGAAAUGGGAUAUUGAUUUCAUACUUGAACAAUGAGGUGGACAUACUCUAAAGAGAGGCCGCAGUCGUUCCAAUCCAAUGCUGCAACGUGUUGGCUAGCGCUGUGGUUGAUCAAUGGAUUGCCUAAAGGCUCUCAGGUUAAAAAUUUAUUGGAGUGAGGUAGGACUAUAUUGGACAAGGAUACCUCAUCUUUCCAUGUUCAAGUUCUUAAAAUACUGAAAAAGGUUUUUAACAGUUGGUGCUUUUGAUUGUCUUUAAAUUAAGGUUAUCGGAUUCUCUCUGCUAUUUCAUUCUUUGUAUUAGAUAGUCAAAAUUGGUAAAUAUUUAUUGAUAUGCCUUAUUAGCAAAUUAAAAAAAAUGUAGUUUAAAAUAAUAGUGCUAAGGCACAAACCCUACGCCUUCAUUUGUUUCGCCGUGUCUCUUUGCUCGGGUAAGCGCAUUUAAUACCCUAAUGUAAUCAUGAUAUUUAGUGGGUCUUAUUAAUGAUUGUUGUUCGCAAUUUCUUCGAUUUCUUGUGUUUGUUUAUUUUCCUUUGAUUGUGUAGUUCACAUAUCUUGUGAUUUUUUAAAUAUCGAUGCUUAAACAGUUCGUUAGAUUGUAUAAUUAAUCUUUGUUGGUUUAUUCGGAAUGAAAUAUGAGCGAAAUGAAUCUCAGAUUCACUGGGGGAUUCACUUUGAUGAUAACUGUUAACAAGGUUUUAAUUGUGUUGUAGUCGUGACGCUAUUGGUUGCGACGUCUUAAUUGUGGUUAUUGUCGUGUUGCGGCUGUUGUAGGCUAAUUCAAAAACUUGGCUUAUACUCAGUUUGGAGGCUACAAUAGUACUCGACUCCUUUCAUAUAUCGGUAUCAGUUACAUAUUCGAUACGAAUUAUUUUGGAUAUCUUACGUAUACAUACCUGUGAAGUAUCCCACUUUUUUCAUAAAACAUUAUCUAAUUCUAAUGCAAACAUUUUUGUCUGUCAAUUUCUUUGAAUUUAGAGUCCACUAUUUAUCUGUGCAAAUGCCGACGUCAAUACGAUAUCUUUGGUGUGAAUAUGUAUGUGUCAUUUCAACACAUGGCUCACUCUUUUCAUUCUUGAGUUGAUGCAUAUUUGUGCUAAUAAAAGUUUGUUGUAGAUUUUUUUUCUGCAAUUAUGUUUGCUGCAUAAUUAUAGUAUUCUAUCUAAGUUAGAUUUGUAUUCCAUAGUUGAAAUAAACAAUAUCUAGCAUGCACUGUGUUCUAGUUUUAUAAAGUAGUGUAAAAGGAGUACACUGUUAGUUUAGAUAUAUAAAUUAGAAUUAUGUAUUUAUGAAAUUUUAUGAUUUUGUGUUUUUCAUUUCUGUGUAUGUAUCUUAGAUGCACCUUAUUACAUUUUCAAGGAUAUGCAUAUAGUCAUAAAUGUAUUGUAUCUGAUACUUGUAUGAUACUCGUAUUAUACUCAGAUCUAUCAUGGAGUCUGACAAGUCCCAGUCACUGAAACGGAGGAAGUACAAUGGUCCAGUAGGCGAUGUCAAAGUGUUGGUUGUUGAUGCUAACUCGGCUUGCCGAGCAAUUGUAUCAAAAAUGCUUCUUUCACUUGGAUAUGAGGUUGUGACUGCUACACUAGCUUCCGACGCAUUAUCCAUUAUUUGGGAUAAGAAGAAUGAGAUCAACCUUGUGCUUGUGGAGGCUCAGCUACCGGACAUGGAAAUACAUGAGUUCAUGGAGAAAGUGAAAGAAAGCGCUAAUCUUCCAUGUUUCAUUAUGACUGCUUAUGACGAUGACAUUCCAUCCAUAACGAGAGCGCUAAGUACCGGGGCUAAAUUGUGUUUUAGAAAGCCGGUUCUUACUUUUGAUCUUCAGGAGCUGUGGCGGUUUGCAGUGUGGAACAGAAUUGAAACAAUAUUCAGUGAAGAAGAAUCUAGCUUCGGGUGGCGUCAGUCAGAGAUGAGUACGGUUAACAAGGGUCUCGAGUCACAAUCAUCCAUGAAUGCAGAAGAACAGUCUCUCCAAUAUGCAAACGGCAAGAAGAUACAAGAAUCUCGUGAUGAAGAUAUGACAUUACUCCCGAAAAAGAGAAGGCGUACCUGGACUGAUGACUUACAUAGGAAGUUCUUGGAUGCGGUUGAAACAGCAGGAAUCAACGCUCGUCCGAAGGUGAUAUUCGAGCUCAUGGAUGUGGAAGGACUUACAAAAGAGAGUGUUGCAAACUAUUUACAGAAAUAUCGUCAAUCUAUGAAACUGCGAGCUAGUGCAAUGGCACAGCAUGUGAAUGGAUAUGUGUCUCUGACUAAGAAACGAGGAAAAGGCCCUCUAUACUUCGAGAAUCAAGAUGUGACUAACAAUCCCUCUAUUCUCAGUAAUGGUAUGCCUCAGCAAGUUUCUGAUUCCUCUGCGCUGUAUGCUUCUCUGGAAAGCUCAAAUUAUCAGGACUCACCUUUCGAGCAAAAGCAACUGUGGCCACCAUUGAAACAGCAACGUGUUGUUUAUAAUGCAGAAAAACAGUUGGAUUUUCGAACACUGCUGGCCUUUGACAUGAACGAUCAAUUUUACCCGGCACUUCCUAUUGCUCUACUACCACCGGAAAAAAAUGAAAAGAUUGAUGAAAUUUUUUAUUCCAAACAGCUGUUUACUGAUGAGGAUUUGAAUAUGUGGUUGUCAACGAUUCCAGACAAUGUGGAUGCUGCUGCUGCUUUUGCUUGAUGCUGUGGAAGGCUGGCAAGAGAAUAAAAAUUUAAUAUGCAUCUCAAUAACACUGUUUUUUUCUGGCACUUUUGGCAUUGAGAAAUUGAUCUUAGUUAUAAUAGGUACUUGCUGGUUUUUCCAUUUAAGUUGUUUCAUAUGGAACUCGAAUAAAGACAGGCAAUAGCAUUUGUUUGCUUAUAUCCUGUGAAACUUAAACAGGGGAAUAACAAUCUGUUAACAAUAAAUACACAUUAUGAUCUA